AUGGAUUUCAACGAUUCUGAUAAUCAGUUAUCAAAUUUAGGCUUCAAUUAUAGCGAUAGAAGUGAUUCCGAAUCAACACAUUCCACACCAGAAGACGAGAGAAUCAAAAGAUUAUUUUUUACUUGUGAUACAAACGGAGACGGGUUUAUCACAUAUGAAGACAUAAGACAAGUGUGUAUUCAACUGGAAAUGGAGUGUUGUGUCGAUGAGAUAAUGAGCGAAUUGGGGGCAGACAUCGGCGGUCGCAUCUCUUACGCUGACUUUGUUAAGAGAAGAUCCGAAUUAUUGGACAUGAAAAACAAUUGGAACACUUCGGAAGAAUGCCAAUCUUUAAGCGAGUCUAAGAAACCGUUGAUAACUGAAUGGAAUGAGACAAACAGUUUUGAGACCAUUAGUAAUCAGUCGUCUUCUGUGGCCGAAGAGGCGCCGUUUGCCAGCAGUGGUCACGAGAGUUGGGAAUACGAUUCGGGCGCUCAUGACCUCGAGGUCGACAUCAUAUCACUUCACAAACAGAUCGAAGCGUCGGGUAUUGAAAUGCCGUCUAAUGUGAACGAACUCUUGGAUUUAGCCAACAGAUCAAUCCUUAGGGAACGAGAAUUUCUGGAAAAACAGAUACUUUAUCUUAAGGAUGAAAAGAUAUCAAUGAUAAAAGACUUAGAAAAGAAGAAACUGAAGGAACGUAAGGAAUAUGAGUGCAAAAUAACAGAACUUCAGUCAAUUAUCGGCGAAUUGUCACACGAUUUGAAUUAUUACCAGUUUUUGACGAUUAAAGAAGAAGAAGAUCCCAACUGUGAGCCUAUAAAUGAGACCAUUUUGGAGAAGAGCAUGGAAUCAGAUUUGAAGAAAUCUAUUCUUAACCCGAAUAUGAACUCAAAAGACGUGAAUAAUUAUAAAGAAAAGGAGAAACUGUUAGAAAACGAUUGGAUUGUGUUUGACAGCCAAGAGAAUACAAACGACACGACAGUUGGGAACGACAGGCAUUCAAAUGGACUGCAAAUCUCAAGACUCGAGUGCAGAAUCAGUAAUCUUGAGACUCAGAUCGAUCUCUCGGCUCUUCAUCUGAACGAAAGCAAAGAAAACGCUGAAAGAUUAACAGUUUUGUUGGCAAAAUAUGAGUCCAAUAACACAGCCCUGGAAUUGGCUCUCAAUUACUCCGACAAAGCAUUAGAAAUAAACGAAUUAUUGGUCGCUCUUUUGAAAACAGAAAUCGGUUUAGUGUUAGCCAACUGUCGAGCCGCUGGAGUCGGACAGACCGGAAAUGUAUCGGAAGAAGAGGAAAGAGACGAAGUGUUGAGAAUCUAUGAGAUGGCGAACCAUAAGAGACGAGUGGCUGAAGAGUCGGCUCUCAAUUAUAUGACAAAAUAUUGUCCAGAACUUGAGCCCUUUAUUGUGGACUCAGAUAAAGACAUCGAA